ACGGGAAAAUAAAAAGAACCACUUUUUUUAAUGUUAUAUUCUUUAUUUGUACAUAAAAUUAUUUGUGUUUUAAUAAGCAUUAUACAAUUUGAACUAAUUUACCCGUAACUAACUUGUAUGUAUUUUAUACUGCACAGUAACGAAACUGUUACUUUCUAAUGGAGUAAACGAGUUUCAUACUGCCUAUCAUUGUGGUGUGUUUCUGGCCAUGUUGUAAAUCGGUUGCUUUUGGCUGACUAUUGGCUUCAGUAGUAAAAAAAUCUUUAUCAGUUAUAAAAGAGUUUUACCAUACACGUUAGUCUUUUGUGAAUGGUUAAAAAUUCAAUGUGAAAAUUGAAAAUACAACAUGACAUUAUAAAUUAAGUUACUAAUAAUGCGUUACAAUGUGUUAUAUUAAAAUAAACUAAAUACAAAUAGUGUAACUUAAAAAGCAUUGGUGCGCAAUAAACUUGUUCAACUUAUAUAUGUAUGCCCUACACUGUUUUUUUUUUUGCCUUCUUUUCCAGGUAAUAACUUAUUAGUUGCGUGCAGUACACAUAAAGAGGUAGAGGUUGUAGCACAGUUAACAAAGCAAUGGGAGCCCUUCCACAAAUUUAUUGGCGACAUGUUUUAAUCCGCCGAAUUGCGCUAAUACUAACGUGCUUGUACUUUAUAAACAUUAAUUAUCAUAUUUUACCAAGUGCGAAAGCAACAACUGCCAGUGGAGUAUUACGAUCUUUGUCAGGAAAUGGAAAUCAUCGUUUACCACGUACAAGUGCCAGCCAGCUUACCAGUGGAAACAGUGGAACCACAUAUUUUAAAUUUGCUUCAAAAUCACUAAAUACAACAAGGAAUGGAAAUCUACGCAUAAGAGAACAACAGUUACUGAACAUAUUUGACAUUUUUAUAAGCACUCUUGAAGGUAAACUAAAACGAGUUGAUAGUCUUGAUAAAACAGUUGAUGAAAUCAUGCAAAAUAUGGAUGUGUUACAAAAUCGCGUAGCGGACAACAUAGAAAAAACUGAUUUAAUUAUAUCUCAGCUGAAUGAAAUAGGGAAAUCAAUUUCUAACGGCAUGCCCAUUCAGUCUCCGUAUAUAGAGGUUUUCGACCAAACUACAGAGCAGAUACGAAAUUCUUCCAUUUUUUUCAAGAAAGAAAUCGUUAAGUUGGAUGGAAAAGUAACUGAUAUAGAUAAUAAGCUUGAAGUCCUGAAAGUCCAAAUUGACAAUAAUUUUUUGCAAGUUGAAGACUUUAAUGGCGAAGCUAGUGAGAAAAAACCUGUCACAAUAAAUGUGAGCGAUAUUACAAAAGCGUUGAGUUCUGAAGCUAUGACACAUGUUUCAUCUGAAUUAAGUGAACUUCGAGAUUCAACUAAUAGCAUUGAUAAGAAAUUACAAUUUCAUAUAAACAUAGUUUCUGAAAAUAUUGCGAAGAUGAUAAGUAUGAUUCAUGACAUUCAUUUUGCUGUGGUCGAUAGUAACAAAGAACUAAAAACAUUUAAUUUAACAACGGAGCAGGCUCCAAUUAAAUCAAGCAAACUUGAUAUUCUACCUAAACAAAAGAGACCUAUGGUUGUGUCUGAAAAAAUUGAUGAAGUUUGGGACGUCGUAGUUGACACAAAAUCAACUGUGGAUAAUCUUCUUCCCAAGUCCGCUGCUCUUCUAACACAAACUCAACGCCAAGAACGAGCAAUAGAUGAAAUUCAUCAGGAUCUUAAAACGAAAACCAAUUUAAUUAUUAACAAUUUAGAUAUGGUUGAAAAACGGUUAAAAAAACAUGAAAAUUAUGUUCAAAAAUUAGCUAACCUACCUGAUCACUCUGAGCUUUUACCAAAUGGCACUUUUGACAGCUUCUCCGAACAAGACACAAAUAACCGCGCUAUAUUUGAUACAACUUUAAAACCAUCUAUAAUGACCACUAUUCAACCUACAACAUUUACAUCCUCAACUGAAGAUAAUAUAAUGCUGGGUCAAUUAUACACAAUGUCAUCAACCGUCAACACUACUUAUAAUGCAUCGAAAACAGCAGUUCGAAAAGAUGGAAUUAUUUUUCCAAGCAUUAAAAAAAAACCAGCUAUUCAGAAUAACACGGUUUUUAAUGAUGUUGUAUCGCUAAAGGAUUAUAAAGGAUAUUCCUGCGUGGACAUCUUAAAUGCCGGAAUGAACAAAUCUGGAGUAUUUUACCUACAAAUUCGUGGGACGACAUAUUGGUUUCUAAAAGUGUACUGCAAUCAAGAAUCAAGUGAUGGGGGUUGGACGGUUAUUCAACGGCGUGACGAUUUUGGGGAUCCCCGGGAGAACUUCAACAGGGAUUGGGCAGAUUACAAAAAUGGAUUCGGUGAACCAGGCAAAGACUUUUGGCUUGGUAAUGAAAACAUAUAUAUGCUGACCAAUAACGAAGAAUAUUCUUUGCGAGUAGAACUAGAGGACUUUGAAGGAAAUAAACGGUAUGCCCAGUAUUCACAUUUUAAAAUACACUCUGAGGCAGACUAUUAUAAGCUGGAAAUAGAUGGAUAUGAAGGCAACGCUGGUGAUUCAUUGAAUGACCCUUGGUAUGGAUCAAAUAAUAGUCCAUUUUCAACAUACAACAAAGACAAUGAUCGAAGUUCGCUCAACUGCGCAAGUAUGUUAAAGGGUGGCUGGUGGUGGAAAUCUUGUGGACGGGGAUUAAAUGGCUUAUAUCUGCAUGAUCCCCAAGACCUGACUGCUCGUCAAGGAAUAGUAUGGUUUCGUUGGAGGGGUUGGGACUAUACAUUAAAAAAGUCAACAAUGAUGAUUCGGCCUAAGGUUCCACAACAACAAACAGUGCCUGGAUCUUCUUUAUAAAGAAUUGAUGAAUUCGUUAUUUAAUUUUCUGCUCAGUUCUUUUUUAAUUUAUUUUAAGACCAAUACUCUUUGA